ACAAAGUGAAUAGGACCUAUAAAGUCCGUUGUUGUUUGGCGAGUGUUUCAUCAGCCAUUAAGGCCAAAAACACUUAAGUUCUUUACUAUCAUUUUCUGAGGAAGUAAAACAGAAGUAACAGUCGAAAUGGCCGACGCACAGUUUGAAAAACUUGAAGCCGGUUUUAAAGGAUUAAGCGGGAACCUCGACCAAAUGUUUUUGGUGAUCAUGGGAUGCUGUAUAUUUUUUAUGCAGGCAGGAUUUGCUUUCCUCGAGGCCGGAUCAGUGCGAUCGAAGAACACGACGAACAUCCUAAUAAAGAAUUUCUUGGAUGUGUUUAUCGGCGCAGUGGCUUACUGGUUGUUCGGGUACGCGUUUGCGUUUGGGGCGGAAAGCAAUGGCUUUAUUGGACACAAGUAUUUCGCGCUGGCAGAUUUACCAGCUGACAAAUACUCUAAUUGGUUUUUCCAUUUCGUUUUCGCCGCCACAGCAGCAACGAUUGUCAGCGGUGCCAUGGCGGAAAGGACGGAGUUUAAGGCGUAUCUCGUCUACUCCGUAUUUUUGACCGGUUUUGUGUACCCAGUAGUCACUCACUGGGCUUGGGAUGAAAAUGGUUGGCUGGCCACUGGUUUGCAGUACACUAAAGACAAUAUAACAAUGUCUGUUACAUACCAGGACUUUGCUGGUAGUGGGGUUGUUCAUGUUGUUGGUGGUGCUGUGGCGUUGGUUGGAGCAGGUCUUGUGGGGCCAAGAAUAGGAAGAUUCGUUCAUGGUGUCCCUGUAGUGAUUUCAGGCCAUACAGUGCCGAAAGCAGCUUUGGGAGGAUUCAUCCUGUUCUUUGGUUUUCUGGCAUUCAAUGGUGGCUCUCAGGCAGCCAUUGCAAAUGAGGGUGAUGCAAAUGCUGUAGCAUUGGCCAUUGUCAACACUGUCCUUGGAGGAGCUGCAGGUGCGCUAACUGCCAUGCUCAUCAAACGUCUAGGAUUUGCAGACAAGUACUGGAGCUUACUAUUCACGAUCAAUGGUGGACUUACAGGAAUGGUUGCCAUGUGCGCAGGUUGUAAUGUCGUGCAUCCCUAUGCUGCUGUUGUUAUUGGUAUCAUCGCUGGGAUGGCGUACGUGGCUUGGAGUACUGUCAUGCUUCGUGUAAAGAUUGAUGACCCCCUAGAUGCUGUCGCUGUUCAUCUCGGAGGUGGUUUUUGGGGUGUACUGUCUGUUCCCAUCUUCAACAAGGAAUCUGGAAUAUUUUACGCCGCAGACGAACAUUCAUUCCGUUUGUUUGGCUGGAACUUGCUAGGAGUAAUUGUCAUCUUGGCUUGGUCCUCAGUACUGGCUUUCAUCCUUUUUAUUAUUUUGCGCCUCACAAAACAGCUUCGAGUCAGCGAAGAAAUCGAGUUGAAAGGUCUUGAUAUUCCGAAACACGGUGAGCCCGCAUAUCCACUGGAUAGCUAUGGAGACGGCUGGUCCUCAUCUACAUCAGCAAAGAGGCAAACCUUGCCGUUUACUCAGAGCCCUACUAUUCUGCCGAGCCAUGUUUCACUCCGAAAUGGCCAACAUCCAAAUGGCUCAAUCCACAACGGCCAAGCUUUCAAUCCAGUUCAGAAUGACCAGCUCACUGAUGUUGAAGAAAACGUCAUCCCCAAUCCAGCUGUUGAUGGCAACAAUUCAAGUCCAGUAGUAGAUACAGCAUUUUAAUGACAACUUUGUAAAUGAGAAGCAGGUCGUAGAACAAUAAUCAAGUUUUGAGGUUCAUUUUUGGGAAAACUCGAGUUAAUAAGUAGGCACAGUUUUAAUAAUUUUUAAUUUGCAUUAUACUGACUAUAAAUAAAGUGGAUUUUUGAUGAUCGUUUCGACCAAACCUGAGUUCGCUGCCGAGCACGUUGAGAGUUUCCACCACUGUAUUUGAUACUUUUCAAGUUUGAAGUAUGAAACAAAGACAAAACAAAGAUGAAAAGAUCACAGAUGACACAAGAAUCGUUUAGGCAGAUCUGAGUACUUAGGAGGCGUUUUCAUAUUUUAACUUUUCAAGUUGGGGGCAAAUAAGUAACCUGACGAAGGUAGAUCGAAAUAUCGCAUCGUUAUGUUCAAAUCUGAGUGAAUUGCUUUGCACAAGGAGAAUUUUCGCUUUCAUGUUAAUUUUUUUGGCGACUAAAAAGAUUUAGAAUACAAAGAUCGAAAUAAAGCUAGGCUCGGGGAAAGUUUAGUUUCCAUAUAUUUAUUCCUUAUUUGGAGAUUAUUUGACACACGUAGAUCACCUUCUUUUGGAUAAAAUCUGAGUUGGUUUCGAGGGAGGGGUGUUUUACGCUCUCUUAUGUACAUUUUUUUUAAAGUUGGAAGGAUUAUGUAGGCUUUUAGUUCAGAGCGAAGAUUUCCUUUUCAAACAGGACAACUGACUGCAGCACUAGUAAGUAUAACGUUAAACUUGUACAAAUGUAAAAAGGAGUGAGAAAAGAAAUAAACGGUAAAAGCUGUGU